AUGAAUACUACAGAAGCUUCAGCACGUCAUCCCGCCAAUGUUGACGAAUGGAACGAGGAGAUAUUUAAACGUUUACUACCAGACUCUGUCAUACUCAUGAUCUACCUUGUGGUAGGUGUCCUUGGGAACUCGGUAGUGUUAUGCAUUUACAUAUUCCGCUUUAAAGGAAACAAACAAGACCGGUUCUUUAUUACAGCUCUUGCGUUUGUUGAUCUGAUGACUACUGUUACUGGAACGGCAAGCAGCUUUAGUGUCAAUAUGCUUCCCGUCAAGUUUGAGAGUGGAAUAGCCUGUAAGGUGAUCCAUUUUGUUCCAAUGACAUUAUCAACGGCGUCUGCCUCGUUGUUGCUGGUAAUAGCUGUUAAUAGAUAUUUGAAAAUAUGUAAACCUUUCAGAAAGCAAAUAACUUUAUACUGGAAAAAGUUUACACUGAUAAUAAUCAGCGGUUCAUCAGUGCUGCUAUCGUUACCUUGCUUCCUGUUCUACGGACCUAAGGAGAUCGUGGAGGAAAAGACAAAUAUAACUGGGACUCGAUGUACAAAUAUUCGAGGACCAUGGUCACACAUAGAGCCUCUUGUGUUCAAAUCAGUCAUGUUUGUAGUGGCUGUUGCGAUUCUAUUCUCCCUUGUCAUAUUGUAUAUUCUCAUAGGAAAGCAAGUUUUUAAACACAGGAACUUCAACAAAAAACUCAGCGUCCAUCAAGGAUUAAAUUUCUCCCAGGUUACAAAUUCUUCUGUGCCCCCUUCUUUGUCGACUGCAAUCACGCACACUACUGCUUCUUUUGAAUCAAUCUCUCUGCCAACAGAGACCGCUGACCAUGGUACAAAUCGACAUUGUGCCCAGCGGGAUGUCGGUCAGAGACUCGAGGUACGUUUGACACUCAUAUUUAUGUUGAUAUCAUUAGUUUUUAUAAUUUGCUAUGCUCCAAAAAUAACUUUGAUGGUGUACGAAUCUCGAAACGAGAGUUUUUGGAUCGAACUGGAUUUAGCCGAAAUGGGAGGAUACAGAUUCCUGUAUACUCUGAUCUACAUCAAUAACAUCGUUAACCCGGUCAUCUACGGCUUCUUCGACAGACGCUUUAGGCAGGAAGUGACGUCAACAUUCUGUUGA